AUGGCUUCUAUCAGAGAUUUUGAAGAGAUCGCAAAAGUGACCCCUAGCUGUUAUCGAAUGAAUUUAACUGAAGGUAGAAUAGAAAUAAUACCUGUACAUCACAACACUGGACGAAGAGAAGCCAUCCUCAGUAAUCAAAUUACAUCAUGGUGCCUUAAUAAUCUGGCUUUAGUUGAAGAGUUCGGUGGACCAAAUACCUGCUGGACUUUACCUUUGCCCGAUGUUACUGUUAGAUGCCCUGAUUACUCCGUCGUCCUUAUUACUAGAUGGAAUACGUUGUCAAAUGCUGAUAAAGCGAAGGCGUUUCCAGCAUUAGCCCCAAACUUUGUCGUUGAAAUAUGA